AUGCCUGAAAUCAAUAGACGAACUUAUGGAAGAAUAUCAGGAUUCCGCAAAGUGGCACUUCCAGCGCAAAACAACGAGGGUGACCUGAUUUCUUUCAAGAAUGAAUCAGAAAUAGACGAAACAACGGAAGAAAUGAACGAGAAAGAUAAGAAUGUUUGUGAAAGAAAUACUCAAGAUGAGAAAGAUUUAGAAGCCGAAGCUCCUGUUGAGGCUGAAAAUAACGAAUGUAAUUUGAAGAAGGAAACUGUUGAUUAUGAAGGAAUUGAAAACGAUGAGGCACUCAGUGAAUUCGUACUUGAGACGGAGCCUUGUCUCUCUCAGGAUAUUCCGGCGAAUUCUACCCAAGAUGAGGAUGUUGUUAUGGAAGACCAGAAGGAAUAUCAUGUUGAAGACGUUUAUCAUGAAGAAGUUACUCAAGUUGAAGAUGUUCCAAAGGAAGAAUCUUCUCAAGUUGAGGAUAUUUCGAAAGAUUUAUCUACUCAAGUUGAGGAGGUUUCAGAAGAAGGAUCUACUCAAGUUGAAAAUGUUUUGGAAGAAAAAUCCACUCAAGUUGAAAAUGUUCUUAAAGAAGAAUUUCAAGUGGAAGACAUUGUGCAUGGAGAAUCUACUCAAGUCGAGGCUGAGGAAUCUAGUGAUUCUUUAGAAGUUGAGCACUCAAAUAACGAAAAUACUAUUCAGGAACCUACCGGCAUUAAUGACUCUGUGAUCGACUCAGAAAUGACCACAGAAUUACAUGAACAUGACCAAGUCAUUUUAGAAGACGAAUUGAUGGAAGAUGCAAGCGAUGACCCCGUUAUCGUCUGCUAAACCGAGAGCUGUGAUAUAGAAAAUGACAACGUUGAACAAUCCGACGAUAUAUCUACACCCGUUAAUAAAACCGACGGUUGCUCCAAAAAUAAUGAUAUGGAAACCGAUACGGUUAACUGCUGUAGGACUGAAAUUUCAGACGAAAACAUGAACCAAAUGCAAAAAUUGCAAGCUAGCCUCUGAUGAUUAUUAUUUUAUUUAUCUAUUCUGCGAUUUUUUCGGUUUCUAAGCUUGUCACGUGAUCAAAUUUAUUCGGUGGUUGCAUGGCAAGAUUAGGACCGAAUCGAAUCGAAUUUUAAAUAAGCUAAUUUUUUUCCCUCGUUAGUUCCGAGAUUUUUUGCUAUUAAGAUCGAUUUUCCGCCGGACGGUUGACCUUAAUUUUGUUUUGUUUUUUUACCUGCUAAUUCUCGAUUCUUAUUCCCUGAUUUUUAAUUUAACUAUUCACGCGAUUGUACUUUUUUCGGUUUAACAAUUUUUAUUAUUAUUAUUCCUGUCGCUUAUCACUCUUAAUAUUAUUCUUAUUAUAAUUUU